UGCUUGCAAGGUCGUUCAGAAUAAGCUCCCUGAACUUUGAACUGUAUCUGCAAAGUGAGAUAAACAAGAGCCAUAUAAAUACCACAGCCCUUUUCCUCAUACUGUUUUCUUCUGCAGUGGAGUUAAGAGGAGCUGCCAAGGAGUGGGGGUAGGAAAGGAUAAAGCCCAGCCAUGUGGGCAGGGCUGGGGCUAGUUCUGGCUCUCUGUCUCCUCCCAGGAGGAGGGGCAGAGAUCCAGAAUUGCAAGGAGCCCCCAGAAUGGCGUAUUGGGGAGGAAAACCCAAUGAUGAAUUCUAGAGGGUCAGUGACGGUGGUGGCUCUCCUCCAAGCUAGCUGAUACUUGUGCCUGCUGCAGGCUUCCAGAUUGGAGGACCUGCGACUGAAGUUGGAGAAUGAAGGACUGGUCAAUAUCACAUAUGUUGUUGUCAACCAUCAGGGAGCUUCUUCCCAGAGGAAAUUUCACCUACUGAAAGAAAGUGUUUCUGACUAUAUCACUGUGUACCAGCAAGAUGAGCAGCAAGAUGAUGUCUGGACCACCUUAAAUGGAAACAAAGAUGACUUCCUCAUCUAUGACAGAUGUGGCCGUCUCGUGUAUCAUCUGGGCCUGCCCUAUUCCUUCCUGUCUUUCCGAUACGUAGAAGACGCUAUUAAGAUUGCGUACUGUGAAAACAAGUGUGGAAACUGCUCCUACAUGGAAUCGGAUAUUAAUGAUGUAUGUGAAAACAUCACUAAAAAAGCAGAUGAAGAGCCAACAGAGAUAGAACCCAAACCAGCAGGUCAUCAUUCACAUCACCAUCACCCACACAGACAUAGACACCACCACCAUCAUGAGGGCAGUCAUCAUUCCAAAAAAGAGAACCAUCACCUUCCUUCUGAAACUCAAAGACAUCAUCAUACCAGCAGUCAGCGUUACAGAGCUUUUGGCCGUAACAGACAUGAUCACAUAGGUAGUCAUGAACCGGUAGACACUGUCCCUCCAGGAGAAAGUGUGGGAAUUACACAAGAUAAAAGGCUAUGAAAAAAAGGGAAAACCAGCUGCAAAAACCUGUUAACCUGAAACUGGCAGACAGCAUCAGACCUAGCUUCUAGUAGCUGAUGCUGCCAUUGCCGACACCUUUUGUUUGAAGAGCUAGGAAAUUCUGUCACUUGACAGUGUCGUGGAGCACUUCCAAAUUCUUGCAGGUGACACGGCCAGCUGUCAGCAGAGGACAUCACUGAAUCCUGACAGUGACGUCUGCACACUGCUGCCUGACAGUCACCAGCAGCAGGAGAAAGUGAAACUAGUGACACCUCACAAUGACAGGAAAAGGCAAAAAACUGAGCCUGAAAAACAAACUAAACACCUAAAAAAUGCAAGGGAGUCCUACUACCUAAAUUCAUACGAUCGUGAAGGUGGAAAAAUUAGCAGAUUAAGUGGUUUUAUUGCCCCUGGUUAAAAAUUAUACUGACAGGUGUAUAGACAUAAAAUAGUGCAAAGCAGUAGAUUUCCAGAGCAGUGCUCUUAGAAUUAUGGAAUACCUGUCAAAUUCCAUCAGUGAAAAGCUUCAUAAUUUAAAGGACUUUAAUUGACCUGUAGUUUGUUUUUCAGUUGUAGUAGGAAGGUGUCUACAUUCUUGAUUGAUUUGUCUGUCUUGUUUUUCUCCUAACAUUCUCCUUGCCUUUGUGAGGACAGGAACAUAAACUAUGACCUAGGGGUUCCUGUCUGAUGUUUUGCAAUGAAGAACAGAAGAAAACCAAAACAGAUAUUUUAAUCAUUUUUUAUUAAGAAGAUGGAAUAUAUUCCAAAGUUGCCUUUUUUUUUUUUUUUUUUUUCCUAACCUGGGGAUACAAAAUAUGCACAAGAAAAGCUUAGGGAACACGCCAAGAUAACUUUUUAUCUCAAAUGUAAGAUAGAAGCAGUAAUAGCAUUAUUUUAAAGGCAGAUUUACAUGCUUAACUUUUGUGGAUUAGAUAUGGUAUCGGGGUUCUUUAAUACACACUACUACAGCUUGUAAAAUCCCACUAAAUCAGUAAGAGCGUGCUUUGAGUGAGAAGCAGUAUUAACAACUCUUCAUAAAGAAUCAGUAUCAAAAAAAGGGAGGGGUGGAACAAAUUUAAACUUGGUUUAAUUUUUAACUUUGUUUAUAACAGUGCUGAAUUUGAUAAUCUGUGUUGAUUAGUAAGGUAUUAUACCACUUAGAUUUGUAUAAUCUCUCUGUCUGUACCUUAGCGUUCCUAACCUUUGAUUAACUGAGUUGAAGUAAAAACAUAGUUGUCUGAAGGAUUCCUGAAUGAAGAAGAGAAUAUUCAAGAAAAGAAAACUGCUUUGAAAGUGUACACCAUAAUUAAUGAUGGUUUAAUAGGGAAAUUAUUACUCCUACAAAACCUGAAUCUCUUUAUUGUGAACACUGAAAAGCAAGAAAGUAGCCUUGAAUAUAAACAGAAUGCAUGUCUUUGGAAUAUUUGGCAAGAACGUUUUCAAAUAAAAAUAUUCUGUAUUCA